CCCGUUUCUAUGAUGGCGGCCGCGCGGCGUCUGCCCGCAGCUAAGAUGGCGCCAGCAGCGCACCCGGCCCGCCGGCCGGCGCUCCCGGCAUGCACUGCGCGGGGCCGGGCACACAGCUGCCAAGAUGGCGGACCUGGAGGAGCGAGUGUCGGAUGAGGAGAAGGUGCGUAUAGCUGCAAAAUUCAUCACUCAUGCACCCCCUGGAGAGUUCAAUGAAGUAUUCAAUGAUGUCCGGUUAUUGCUUAACAAUGACAAUCUUCUCAGGGAAGGAGCAGCACAUGCGUUUGCACAGUACAACAUGGAUCAGUUCACUCCGGUGAAAAUAGAAGGGUACGAUGAUCAGGUCUUAAUCACUGAACAUGGUGAUCUGGGCAAUGGCAGAUUUUUAGACCCAAGAAACAAGCUUUCUUUUAAGUUUGAUCACUUAAGGAAAGAAGCAAGUGAUCCCCAGCCUGAGGACACAGAAUCAGCUUUAAAACAGUGGAGAGAUGCCUGUGACAGUGCAUUGAGAGCCUACGUCAAAGAUCAUUACCCCAAUGGCUUCUGCACUGUUUAUGGUAAAUCUAUAGAUGGACAGCAGACAAUUAUUGCCUGUAUUGAGAGCCACCAGUUUCAGCCCAAAAACUUCUGGAAUGGGCGUUGGAGAUCAGAAUGGAAGUUUACCAUCACACCACCGACAGCUCAAGUGGCUGCAGUGCUCAAAAUCCAGGUCCAUUACUAUGAAGAUGGCAAUGUCCAGCUGGUUAGCCACAAAGACAUUCAGGACUCUGUACAGGUGUCAAGUGAUGUCCAAACUGCUAAGGAGUUUAUUAAGAUCAUAGAAAAUGCAGAAAACGAGUACCAGACAGCAAUCAGUGAAAACUACCAGACUAUGUCAGACACCACUUUCAAAGCCUUACGCCGGCAGCUCCCCGUCACCCGCACCAAGAUUGACUGGAACAAAAUCCUCAGCUACAAGAUUGGCAAAGAAAUGCAGAAUGCUUAAUGCAGAAACAAGGAGGUGUAUGAAACAUUCGUGUGCAAAAAAACAAAUGUGGUCCUAUGCCAAGUAGAUGGUUUCUAAACCAGAGCAGCAUUUUUUUAGGGCUUUCAAAGUUAACAGGUUUUCUAGCCUGAGAGGGAACCAUGGAACAAAUAGUUGUCUUUGUGUUUUGUGUUUCCUGCCACAUAAACUUCCUGUUGUAGCUGCAUUUAAUAGGUCAUUUAAAUUCAGCCAUUCAUGGCUCAGAAGUACAGCUGUUUUCAGUCACUGGCUGGAAAACUUCCUAGCUGGAAAAGCCCUAUUAUUACCCCAGGAGAAGGUGCAGAGCACUCCCUUCACCUGUAUCCAGCACUCCAGGUAUCCAGUAAGUUUGUCAAACCUGCCAAGAGCUCACGGCGCUGCAAGACACAGUAAGUGUAAGACAGUGAGUCCUUGUGUAUCCUUAUUCCCAACCUCCACAAAGCAGAUGCCUGCAGGUUUAGAUUUUAGAAUCUAAGGAAAUGAGAAAUGUAGAAAAUGAGUUCACAGGAUCCUUUACAGAAUUCCCUACUGACCUAGCUCUUCCAGGGAUGUAACUUUUUUUUUUUUUAACCUGAAGGUUUGAGCCAUGUUCCCUAAAAGUGAACAUCUUUGUUCUCCCCUCCCUCGUGUACGUACGGUUACCAGACAUCUGCAUUUUUACAGAACUACAAGAUGAGUCACUGCUGAUCCACAAGGGCUGGAUGGUGAUUAAAAAUGCAAAUGUCUACAGAAUAGUAGGUAUGUUGUGCUUUAAUGCUUUGUGGCAGGCUCAUAGAUUUGUAUCACAGGUGUAUGGAUGAAUAGUGUAUAAAAUAAAUAAACUUGCACCAAAGUGAAAGAAAAAAUCCUUUCUAUUUGUCUCAGUUGUGGACAGUUGUCGCUAAAGGACACAACACGAUUCACAUGACCACCCUCAGUGUCAGAACAAAAACCCAUGACUUUAUUCUCUGACUCCAGCAUUUAUAGAUUCUCAACAAUGACCAGGGAUUAGAUAAUUAAGUUAUCACCUUCCCAAGCACACUGGUCAUGCGAAACGUCCAUCAAAAGACGUUUCUUAGAAGGAAUGUGAUAAAGAACUUAUGUUUACAGGAUUUUCAUGGGAAAGUAAUUAAAACUAUGAAAACAUUAUCAGAAGGCUUAAUUUUCAGGGUGACAGUUUCUUGUCAUUCUACAUGCUUGUUCUGCUUUACUAUUUUGCCCCUCUAGUAGUCAUAACAGUUUCUCUGAAGGGCAGGAUGAAGAGAUACCCAUAUGCCUUUCUCAGAUCUUGGAACGUGGAUUCACUAGAAAGUGAACCUCCUUUGGUGAACUCUCUGCUUUGUUUGCACUUGGUUAUCACUGGGCGCCUUGCAGGUUCUGGUUUUUAAACUGACUCAUGUGUUCUUGUUUUUAAAUACACAAAGAAAAAAGGCUUGGGAAGAGAGGGGUGGGGUUGCCUGUGCAUUACACUUCAGGUUUUGCACAGUAACACCACAAAAUAAGUGUUUAUGCUUUGUGAGUUUUAUCUAAAUAAAAUGUAUUUGUAUUUGCUGCUGAGACUGACAGUUCAUCCCUCAGGCAUCUGUAUCAACUAGUCUAGUGCAAAUACAGCAGUGUUUGUUUAAAGCCA